AUGCAGGGCUUCACUACCAGACCAUACCCGCCGACCCCGCCCCCAACUUACCGCCACCUCCUCGCUGCGACCUCAUUGACGCCGUACAACCCCCUUCGCGUCAUCGCACACUGCGACAUCGACGCUGCCUACGCCCAAUUCGAAGCGGUCAGGUUGGGAAUACCAGAUGAUCAGCCACUCAUCACUAUCCAAUGGGACACGAUCAUAGCGGUCAAUUACCCAGCCAGGAAGUACGGGAUCAAGCGGACCAGCAAUCAAGGGGCGAAGGAAGCGAGGGAGCUCUGUCCACAUGUCGUGAUCGCGCACACAGCGACGUAUAGGAUGGGCGAGGAGGAGUCGGGAUACUGGGAGGACGCGAACGUCCUGACUCACAAGGUCAGCUUGGAUCCGUAUCGCAGGGAGAGCGCAAAGAUCAUUGCGAUCUUCAAGGAGAUGGUACCUAAGGGCGAAGUCGAGAAAGCAAGUAUCGACGAGGCCUACAUGGACUUUACGCCUAUGGUCCUCGACAAAUUGCUUGAGCUCCACCCGCACCUCGCCACUAUUCCUGACGAUGCUCCAGAGGGCCUGGACACCCCUCUCCCACCCGCUCCACCCAUCGACUGGACCAAAGCUGGCAAUGUCAUCCCAGUCGGAGGAGGCGAGAACGGUGUCGAUGGCGAGACGGAGGGCGAGGUGGAGAAGCCUACAUGGGAAGACUGGGCGCUAUGUCUCGGAGCGGAGAUCAUGGCUGGUGUGAGGCAAGAGGUAUGGAAGCAACUACACUACACCUGCUCUGCCGGGAUCGCACACAACAAGGCGAUGGCCAAGAUUUGUUCGUCAUGGCGGAAGCCCAUGAAUCAGACCGUGCUUCGGCACGCCGCUGUAUCUUCGUUCUUGCACGACAAGGCGUUCACCGAUAUCCGAAAUCUCGGAGGCAAGCUCGGACACUCCAUAGCAGCUGUCUUUGAAGCCGCUACGGUGGGAGAGCUGGUGAAAGUGCCGCUCGAAGAGAUGCAACGCCGCUUUGGCGAGGAGUCCAUAUGGGUUUACAACCUCAUCCGGGGUAUCGACCACACAGAUCUUGUCCCUCGCCAUGUCAACAAGACCAUGCUCGCCAGCAAAAACCUCAUCCCGCCCGUCCGCGCUCCCAAAGACGGCGAACACUGGAUCGACCUUCUCGCCGGGGAAUUAUGCGUCCGACUGCGCGAGGCGAGAGAGAUCGAGCCAGGUCUUUGGCCCAAGACUAUCGUGCUCACUCAUCGGAGUGGGCGAGGGUACGAAAACGCCGGCAGAUCGAGGCAGGCACCGUUCCCAUACACCAAAGCCUUGACGGGGGAGUACGUGGCCAAGCUGGGAAAGAGGAUGUGGACGCAAGUCGUCGCUGGUUGGAUUGCGGGGACGUUGCUGAUAUCGCAGCUCGGUCUGCAAUUCACCGGUGUUGGCAGGAUGGAGGAGGGACAACGCAAUAUUGAGGGCUUCCUCGGCGUCAAGGGGGAAAACUCCACAAUCCUGCUGGAAAAGAAUGGAGAAUCAUCCCGUCCCAAGCGGAGUUUAUCAGAGGUCAUCUCAGUACCCGACGAUGAUGCGUCCGGCUGGACCUGUCCGAAGUGCCGGAAAGUUUUGCCUCUACCAGACGGGUUGGCGGAAGAUGAGCUGGAAAAGGAGCUGGCGGGGAUCAGGCAGGAGCAUGAGGACUAUCACUUUGCUCUGGCGCUGCAGCAAGGCGGGGAUGAGGCGGUUCAGGUUGCGCCACCGAAGAAGAGAAAGAAGGAGAAGGACAAAGGGAUAGCGGCCUUCUUUGUACCCAAGCCAAAGAAGCCAUGA